CAGCACGUGUGUCACACACGAUUGAUAGCAUUCAAAGGACUCGGUGUUAGGACAGGUAAAAACGACAGGACCCGUUCACUGUGAUGUGUUCGUACCGUUCACUCUCCAUUUCGUAUGACCUCUUUCUCUGCAGCCGUGUAGAAAUGUAAGGUACCUGGAAGCUACCCCCCCACCCCCCACCUUACCUCUCCAACGUGUCUUGUUUACCACACACCCACCUAGAACAUCAACUCUCUCUGUGUCGUAGAGUGUCAGCUUCUGUCAAACGUAGACCUGAAUAAAAGGUUGAUAUUGAGCAACUGCUGCCAACGCAAGUCGAAAUGAAGAUGUCUUAUAGCACCGUGGUCACACUUGGUCUCUUGUUAUGUACCGGUACACUUCAUUUCGAUGUGGCAGUUGGCAUCACAGUGAAUAACUACGUUCUCAGUUUCACUACCACAAACAACGGCGUACAGACUUCAAGACAAAUUAAUUUUAACGAAAAUGAUUAUAUAGACUCAUUUUAUUUGAAGUUAUGUGACAACAGCACCUACUACUACGAGAUGGAGAUCGCAGACUCAGCAACUUACUACGCCUUGAAGACAAUCUCCUUCUCCAGAGAAAAGCUGGACCAAUCUCUCUUCACAGACUCUUACAACUGCUUCGGCUACUACUCAAGGUUUAACUGCACCAGGGCACCCAAGCCAGCAGGGUGUGGUAGUGGGAAAACUUUAAUCCAGGCUACUUACAGUAAUUCAAGCUUGUGUGGCAGAAGUUCCAUUGGGCUCUGCGCCUCACUGAAUCAAAACCUGACUGUGGCCAUCUUUGCAGAGGAAGUGACAACAUCCACGGUCACCUUGACCUCCACAAAGCAUGUGACGACCCGUCGAAUGGGCAACAAAUCUACGAGCACAUUCCGAGGCGUCUCUGCUUUCUCGCUAGUAAUGAUGUUAUGUUUGCCUUCAGUUUUGUUUCUCUUGUGCUUCACAUAGCAAGGGAACAAACAUACUUCAUCAAAUAGACUUACCUCUAUGACAGACAUUACUUACCGAUCUCCCAUGUUCGGGAAAACUUAUCAUUUCCAUGAUUUUACUGGAGCUGGUGCUUUUAAAAUAUUUCAUCGACAAAAACUUUAUAUUCAAUGAAAACUUUUAAAUCUGGAAAAUAUUUCUUUGUUCUUAUGUUUUAGUCGUUAAAAAAGGAUAACUUGUUUACUUUUAAAACAUUUCUCAUACUCUAGUCCCAGUCCAGUAUUAUAACGGCAGUUUCACUGAAAAUGAUCAGGAUAUAUUUUUUAAAACUAAAUGUAUACAAGUUCUUAUCAUUCCUCGCCUACAUUUCAUUUUUUGUAACAUUUUGUUUGUGAAUUGUAUCAGUGUACAUAGAGCUACAAUAUAUUAGGAAACAUGACAUUUUGCUUAUUCAUGAAAAGUUGAGUUCAGUCCCUUUGUCUGUUGAACUGUUGGGGCAGCACACAAGUUUAGGCAACUGUCUCCAUUCCUCUCACCUGGGUCAAGCGUCUAUGUCAUUGACUCGGUGCCUUGGGCGGCAAGCUCUGUCUCAAAAAAAACAAUAUCACUGGCAAUGCAUGAAGCCUCUUCCUACCUGCUCUAAGGUCUUCCAUUAAAAUGUGGCGCCAAAUCAUACGAGGACGUCCAUGUUUGCGCUGUCCUUGUACGGACCUCCAUGUCAGUAGGUCAUCACUGGUAGCUGUCCUUGUAUUGACCUCCAUGUCUGAAGGUCAUCACUGGGCGCUGUCCUCGUAUUGACCUCCAUUGACCUCCAUGUCUGAAGGUCAUCACUGGGACUAAUCUCCAUAGUGAUGCUGAUCUGUUGGGGAUUUCGUCUUUUGGGUGCAAUUUUAAUGAUCCCUACAAUCCUUCUAUAAAACCUUAGUUCCAUAGCUAGGAUCUUUUUCUCUUUUUUUUAUUAAUUUAUUAAUGAAAAAUGCAUAUCUAGAAUCUCCAGCGUAAAAUGGCUAGAUCAGUUUGUAAUCUGAAAAAUAUAGCCAUGAGUCAAUUUGAAUUUGUUAAUUUAUUGAGCUAACCAAAGAGAUUCAUAUAACAGUGUUUAUCAUUCUUUGACAAAACCUGUGUCGUGUAUCAAUGUCUUAUACGUUUGAUAUUUAUUGCUGAAAUCAAAACUGUAGAAAAAAUAAUCUGUUGUCCCAGCUCGUACUGAGGCCUAAAUACUCUUGUAUAUUUAAUCUCAUCAAUGUAGAUUUAAUACUGUGCUUAGACAGAUAACGUGGAGGCUUUUUGAAAGAGCAUGUCAUAAUUUUUUAAAGCUUUUAUUUUAAUUCCUACUUUAUGUGUUCCCUAAUUUUUCGUCAAUGUAAAAAUCACUUGUAACAGAAAAUUGAAUCAUUAUAUUGAGUUGAAAUUGUGCACAUAGCAUUGUGGCUGAUUAGCUAAGUUGUUAGUGUCGUGUAAUAAUUGUCUUGGGUUCUGGCCAAAUUUCUUUUCCACUUUCUUUUUCUAUAACAAAUAAAAUAUAAAAUUUUAAAUUUACCGGUGCUAUAAAAUUUGAACAUAAAGUGGGAAUAGAUUUUUUAUUAAGUGUAUAGUACUUGUUUUAACCAUUUUUUUUUUUAAAUUAUACAUAUUUUUAGUGAAACAAUUGUUUUAUGUCAUUUUUAAAGUGUUUCAUUUUCACCUUUUAAUUCCUGUUGAUUUUGGUCGAGACCAAUCGUCGUAGAAGGCCUGAACACUGGCCUGCAACAUUGCAACUUGUGGGCAAUUUAGACCAAUAGCACGUUGCGACAUCACAAGUACGUACAACAUGGCAACGAGCUAUUGGUUUCCACUGCCCACAUAUUGUGACGUUGCAGGUCAGUGUUGAGACUUUCGUUUACGAAUGGUGAUUGGGUCGAGUAUAAUGUUUACACACGUGAUCUGCGGAAAACGAAGUUCAAAUCACAUUUGAACUUGACCUUUCUAAGGGAGGCUAUUUUAAAGAGGCACCCAUGGAGAUAAAAUAUGGAGUCAAUAUUAACCAGCCCGAUCAUCAGCUGAUCUUUUACUUCUAAAUCUGGUCAAAUUUUAAUGACGUCCUGUGACCAUGGCUGAUAAACCCAGAUUUUGAAACCAGGAUUUUAUUUUGCAGCCUUAUCACUUUAAUGAGAAGUCAUAGAUUUUUUGUAAAAUGGAGAAUGUAAAAGUGUUCAUUGUAUGUUGUUUUUAUUUAGAUUUAUAAUGAAACUAAAAUAGUAUAGUUACAUUUUUUAAAUUAUAAAAUAACUGUAACAUUUAUAAUAUGUAGGCCUAUACUUGAUUGAUCUAUAUGUUUUAAAAAAUAAAUAAAAUAUUAUAA